ACAAGCCCAGCCCGGGCGAGCGGCCGCCACCUGCCCGGCGCCGCCUCCCGCCCCAGCGCGGCCCGACUUGGAUGGAGUUGGGGUCCUGAGCGCCUGCCCCCCGCUGCCCGCCGGCGGAGAGCCCCGCGCCACCACCUUCGCUCCGGGACCCCGUCUCGGCUCCUCUCCGCUCCCGCCAUGGGAAAAGUUGGCGCCGGCCGCGGCUUCCCGGCCGGGCUGAGCGCGCUCCUCGCCGGCGCGGGGCUCUUGGUCCUCUGCGCCCCCGGCGCCUGCAGCAGCGGCUCUUGCUGCCCCCCGCCGCACCCCAGCUCGACCCCACGCUGGGCACCGACCUCUGGGGGCUUUUCUCGUCAGGGGCUGCCAGGCAGGGCUCCUGCCACGCCCCUGCCCCUCGUAGUGCGUCCCCUGUUCACGGUGGCCCCCGGGGACAGAGUGCUGUCCCUGGAGCGGGCCCGGGGCGCUGGGGCGUCCGUGGCGGUCGCAGGACGCUCUGGCCGGAGGAGACGGAGCGAAGGGGAUCAGGAGAAAGCCGAACGGAAAGAGGGCGCGAGUAGGAGCCCCCGGGGAGUGCUAAGGGACGGAGGGCAGCAGGAGCCUGGGACUCGGGAGCGGGACCCGGACAAAGCCACCCGCUUCCGGAUGGAGGAGCUGAGACUGACCAGCACCACGUUUGCGCUGACAGGCGACUCAGCACACAACCAAGCCAUGGUCCACUGGUCCGGCCACAACAGCAGCGUGAUUCUCAUUUUGACAAAGCUCUACGACUAUAACCUGGGGAGCAUCACCGAGAGCUCACUUUGGAGGUCAACCGAUUAUGGAACAACCUAUGAGAAGCUGAAUGAUAAAGUUGGUUUGAAAACGAUUUUAAGCUAUCUCUAUGUGUGUCCUACCAACAAGCGUAAGAUUAUGUUACUCACAGACCCGGAGAUUGAGAGCAGCUUGCUGAUCAGCUCAGAUGAAGGGGCAACUUAUCAAAAGUAUCGGCUGAAUUUCUACAUCCAGAGCUUGCUUUUUCACCCCAAGCAGGAGGACUGGAUUCUGGCCUACAGUCAAGACCAAAAGUUAUACAGCUCUGCUGAGUUUGGGAGAAGGUGGCAGCUUAUCCAGGAAGGGGUCAUACCAAACAGGUUCUACUGGUCCGUGAUGGGGUCAAACAAGGAACCAGACCUUGUGCAUCUCGAGGCCAGAACUAUGGAUGGUCAUUCACAAUAUCUAACUUGCCGAAUGCAGAACUGCACAGAGGCCAACAGAAAUAAACCCUUUCCAGGCUACAUUGACCCAGACUCUUUGAUUGUCCAAGAUGAUUACGUGUUUGUUCAGCUGACUUCAGGAGGUCGGCCACACUACUACGUGUCCUACCGAAGGAACGCGUUUGCCCAGAUGAAGCUUCCGAAAUACGCUUUGCCCAAGGACAUGCAUGUCAUCAGCACAGAUGAGAACCAAGUGUUCGCAGCAGUCCAAGAAUGGAACCAAAACGACACGUACAACCUCUAUAUCUCAGACACCCGUGGGAUCUACUUCACCCUGGCCUUGGAGAAUGUCCAGAGCAGCAGAGGCCCCGAGGGCAAUGUCAUGAUUGACCUCUAUGAGGUAGCAGGGAUAAAGGGAAUGUUCUUGGCUAACAAGAAGAUUGACAACCAAGUGAAGACUUUCAUCACAUAUAACAAAGGCAGAGACUGGCGUUUGCUGCAGGCACCAGACGUGGAUCUAAGGGGGGACCCCGUGCACUGUUUGCUGCCCUAUUGUUCACUACAUCUUCACCUGAAGGUCUCUGAGAACCCCUACACAUCCGGCAUCAUUGCCAGCAAAGACACGGCUCCCAGCAUCAUAGUGGCAUCAGGUAACAUAGGUUCUGAAUUGUCAGAUAGCGACAUCAGCAUGUUUGUCUCUUCAGAUGCAGGGAACACUUGGAGGCAGAUCUUUGAAGAAGAGCACAGUGUUUUAUACCUGGAUCAAGGUGGAGUCCUGGUUGCCAUGAAGCACACAUCUCUCCCAAUUCGACAUCUUUGGUUGAGUUUUGAUGAAGGGAGAUCUUGGAGCAAAUACAGUUUCACGUCUAUUCCACUUUUUGUGGACGGGGUUCUGGGGGAGCCUGGAGAAGAGACUCUGAUCAUGACAGUGUUUGGACACUUCAGCCACCGCUCUGAAUGGCAGCUGGUCAAAGUGGACUACAAGUCCAUUUUUGACAGACGGUGUGCCGAGGAGGACUACAGACCCUGGCAGCUGCACAGCCAGGGGGAAGCAUGCAUCAUGGGAGCAAAAAGGAUAUAUAAGAAGCGAAAAUCAGAGCGGAAGUGUAUGCAAGGAAAAUACGCAGGAGCGAUGGAAUCUGAACCCUGUGUCUGCACAGAGGCUGAUUUUGACUGUGACUAUGGUUAUGAGCGGCACAGCAAUGGCCAGUGUCUGCCGGCAUUUUGGUUCAAUCCAUCCUCUCUGUCAAAGGAUUGCAGCUUGGGGCAGAGUUACCUCAAUAGUACUGGGUACAGGAAGGUGGUUUCCAAUAACUGCACCGAUGGCGUAAGAGAACAGUACACGGCCAAGCCACAGAAGUGUCCAGGAAAGGCCCCCCGGGGGCUCCGGAUCGUCACGGCUGAUGGAAAGCUGACGGCAGAACAAGGGCACAACGUUACUCUCAUGGUGCAACUGGAAGAGGGUGACGUUCAGCGGACACUCAUCCAAGUGGACUUCGGUGAUGGGAUUGCAGUGUCUUAUGUUAAUCUCAGCUCCAUGGAAGACGGGAUCAAACACGUCUAUCAGAACGUGGGCAUUUUCCGAGUGACCGUGCAGGUGGACAACAGUCUGGGGUCUGACAGCGCCGUCCUGUACUUACAUGUAACUUGUCCCCUGGAGCAUGUGCACCUCUCUCUUCCCUUUGUCACCACAAAGAACAAAGAAGUCAACGCGACGGCAGUGCUGUGGCCUAGCCAAGUGGGCACCCUGACUUACGUGUGGUGGUACGGGAACAACACGGAGCCCUUGAUCACCCUGGAGGGAAGCAUAUCAUUCAAGUUCACCUCGGAAGGGAUGAAUACCAUCACAGUGCAGGUCUCGGCUGGGAACGCCAUCCUGCAGGACACGAAGACCAUCGCGGUGUAUGAGGAAUUCCGGUCUCUUCGCUUGUCCUUUUCUCCAAACCUGGAUGACUACAACCCUGACAUCCCUGAGUGGAGGAGGGACAUCAGCCGAGUCAUCAAAAAGUCCCUGGUUGAAGCCACGGGGGUUCCAGCCCAGCACAUCUUGGUGGCGGUGCUCCCCGGCUUACCCACGGCUGCCGAGCUCUUUGUCCUGCCCUAUCAGGAUCCAGCGGGAGAAAACAAAAGGUCAGCAGAUGAUCUGGAGCAGAUAUCAGAAUUACUGAUCCAGAAGCUCAAUCAAAACUCAGUACACUUUGAGCUGAAGCCAGGGGUGCAAGUCUUUGUCCACGCAGCCCACUUAACAGCAGCGCCACUGGUGGACCUCACUCCAGCCCACAGUGGAUCCGCCAUGCUGAUGCUGCUCUCGGUGGUGUUUGUGGGACUGGCGGUGUUCGUCAUCUACAAGUUUAAAAGGAGAGUAGCUUUACCCUCCCCUCCCUCCCCUUCUACUCAACCUGGUGACUCAUCUCUCCGAUUGCAAAGAGCAAGACACGCCAGUCCACCUUCAACGCCAAAGGGAUCUGCUGCCGCACAAUUUGCAAUUUAAGGAAAACCCCCAAAGGCUACAGGCGACCUGCUGAUCAGGAAAGAAAUUCGCUCUUGUCAAGUGCAUCAUCCUUCAUGACCACUAACUUUAUGUUUUUUUUUUUUUUUCCUUUCCUUUGUUGUUCUGUUUCCUAUUUUGCCAGGAAGUAUUUCCAUAGUUGCUGAGAAUCAAAGCACAAAAGAAAUCCCUACCUAUGUAAAUGUUUGAAUGGAGGACGCCAGUAAAAACAAAAACAAAAACAAAACAACAAAAAAUAAAAAAAAAAAAACAAUCAAAAUCCAAACAAACAAACAAACACUCACUGCAUCGGGACUUUUUAAUUCUUCAGACACAGACAACAAGGGUUUUUAGCUUUAAGCCUGUGCAUGUGGACAAUACUUUGAGAACAUGUCUGGAGGGGCAGUGUACACAGGUGCUCUAUUUUAAUGGAAAACACUCCCCUCCCCCUUUCUCCUUCUCUCUCUUUUUUCUGAUCGGUCGUGUUUGUAGAAAAUUCAUAACGUAUACAGGCCAAGGAAAUCUGCAUGUAUUUUUGGAAAUAUUCUUGGCUCUAGAUCUAACAGCUAUUUUAGCACUCCAGGCUGAUGGGUGGAUUAGCCACCCCAGCUCCUUUCAUAAAACACAAAGACAUGCACAGGAGUUUGAAACCCUGAGCUGUUUCUCUGUUCCACUUUCCUUAUGGUCAUUUCCCCUUCUGAGUUAGCUGUGGUAGCUCUGUUGGUCAUGAGUGGCCACAGGGCUGCUUUCUCCAUUCUCUGUGGCCACCGGGACAAAGACGUGAGUUGAAGACCCAUGUAAGCAGGUAGAAAAGGGAAGGAAGGGAAGCAGGGAGGCAAAGCAUGUCAGGAAUGGGCCUGUUUUUCCUGUUCAUCUCUUCCCACCAGGACUGACUGCUUCCCUUACAGCUCUUCCUACUCCUGCCUCAACUUAUGUAGAAAACGGAACCCCAUUAGUUUAUCCAUUGUCUUCGCCUUCCCGUCUGUUUGCCAUCCAUGCGUGGCCAUGAUCUAUUGAUGUCUCUGAAUCUCUUCUUUCCAAUCCCCAAUUUAUCCUUCAGCUGCUCCCAAUUUUUCUUCCCAAAUAUAUUGCUAGAUUCUGGACAUUAACCCUGAUGUUUCCUAAAUACUGGCCUAGCCUCUGCCAACCCUGCCUCCCACCACUCACAAAUUUCUGAUCCCUUUGUUAGUUUUGUACACUCCCGAGCAUGCCAGCUUCUGUGCACACUGACCCAGCUGCGUCCUGCACAGCAGGGUUCAGUUUCAUGUAUCCUUUGUCUCUUCCUCUAGAAUCCGCCUUUUCCAAAUUUCCCUGCCUUUUCCCACCUGGAAACAUAUGAUGUGUGUGAAAGAGUUGAUAUAUGCAAAGCAAUUCAAACCUGGCCAUGUACUUUGGAAAAGAAAGCAUACAGAUGAAUAAUGGUGUUCUCACACCUUGACAAAAAAAAAAAAAAAAAAAAUCUCAUGUGGUCUGAUUCCAGAAGGUUCUUGUGAGAAAUGUUUUGAAUGUGUGACUAUGUUGCAGGGCAAUUUCUUCCUGUGAUGGUUGCUGUUACCCAAUAUUUCCUCUCUCACAGCAGAAUAGACGUAUCUGUGAAAUAAAACUGAUUUUAACCAGAAGGAAAAGCAGGUUAAUGGAAUCAAUGUGUAAAAGUGUCAAAAAGUCUUAGAGAACAUAUGGAGGUCUCGGCUUACAUUAGGAUGCGAAUUUGAUUAAUUGAAGUGAUCCUAGUGAUUUCACAUGUGUGCUCUCUGAUCUCUGAGUAUCACAGUAUCAUUAAAGGGAAAACAAGUUAGUAUAAAGGGGAAAAGUUUGCCGAUUAGCAAACUGGAUUGGCUCAAAGCAAAUGGACUCAAAGUACAAAGAAAUCCCAGGUUUCCCAGGGCUAUGAUGACAAAAGGCCCACAGAAGGAAGGAAACAGAAGCCUGAUCAGUUACGGACUGGCUAAAGCCCGCUCUAAAUUAGAGGAGAAGGCAGUUCUGAAAACCACUGGGAGAGCUCAGCCUCCUUCUUGGCUGUGCCCACAAGCCCACAAGCCAACCACAGGGUAUAGCAGGGCCCUGGUGGUAACAGGGGUGUCCUAAAGAUCCUGAUGACUCCUCCCUUACAUAGCUCAGGCAAAGAAAGAUGAGCAAAGCUGCGGUCAGGAGUUAAUUAAGCAGAAAUUUUUAUGGUUAAGGAUGUGCCACGUGAAUCUGGGAAAUGGAUUAUGCCUGAGGCAGCCACCUACUUGUAGAACUCAAUUGAUCCCCAACCUGCCAGGCUUCCUAUCUCACAGGAAACAUCCUCAUUGAUCCUCUUCAGUUGGAGCCUCCUAGAUUUAAUCUGGAAGACAAAGUCUUUGAAAAUCAAAAGAGGCUCGCUCAAACCGGCACAGGGAGUCCUUGGAGUUGCACUUCACUUCAUUUUAAUUAGAAAAUUAUGGAAAAAAAAGGAAUAACACUCUUAAUCUAGCACAGUGCCUUGCCUAGAGUAGUAAUAUGAAGAUUAUUUGUUGAAGAAAUAAAUGAAGGAAAAGACACAGGGAAGAAUGGGCUGCAAAUCCUAAUUAAAAAUAAAGGUGGACAGGAGAUGCCUGGCAUUUUGGAAAGUGAUCAAAGAUGGCCAGCUAUAGAUUCAGCAUCUUCAGUGUCCAUAUGUGCCUCUCCUCAAAGCUCCCUCCCACGUGUAGAAGAUAAAUGAGGCAAGAAGGUACUGCUCAGAGGGGAUCUCGUUGUUCUUAUGACCUUGGCCAGUGAUUCUCAAAGUGUGGUACCCAGACCAGCAGUAUCAGCAUCACCUGGGGCUUGUUAGAAAUGCAGAUUCUGGAUCCAUACCCCAUACCUACUGAAUAGAAACUUAGAGGAUGCGUAGUGUGUUCUCUAUUGCUAGGGGGCAGUGGGCCCAGCAAACCAUUUUAACAAGCCCUCCAGCUGACUGUGAUGCAUGCUGAAGUUUGAGAACCACUGUACCCAGCCAUUCCAGCUAAAUCCCAAAGGGAAGGCAGUAAUGAGAGCCUACAAAUGGGAGGGACCCAAGUGCCUACCUACUCGCUGAUAGCAAGUGCAAACACAAGGAGUUUGGUGGGCUUAAGGUCAGAGGAGUGUGUGGGGAGGGAUUUAUGUGGAAGGUGAGAUUCAGGGCAAGCUAAAAAUCUAAUAUUGCAACAUUUUCCAAAAUCCCAGAAGGCAAACUGUGCAUGCUCUACCCUGAACUACCCAACCAACAUUUUCUCCCUUGCCUUAUUUUUAAUUGGAUUCACUGUCCAAAAUGCAGAGGUUUGCUUUGCUUUUCUUCAGAAGUUCCAAACAGCAACUUUGAGAGCAAUGGGGUGCUUGGCAGCUGUUCUGUGUUUUCCAGGAUUCCAACUGAGCAUUGAAAUCCCUCAUUUGCCAACUUAUUUUUAUAGGAAGCCAAUUUAAAAAAAAAAAUGAAAGUUUUCUUAUAGUAUUGGAACUACUUCUAAUUUUAAAAUGACUUUUUUGAUGUAUUUUUUUGUUAAAUACUAUGUAGUGUAAUGUAUAAUUGCUAUUGUUUAUUGCUUUUACAAUCAUAUUUAUUAAACAGAUAAUGUCUCUAAA